ACCACGAAAGACUUCAAUGGCAAACAAGUUCUGCAGUUAUUUACAAUUUUCCGUUCAUAGUAAAACUCAGCGCGCUUCUUUAUUUCUUUUGGACGCGUUUCUGUACGUUUCGUGAGUUUUACAUACAUAUUAGCGCAACAAAUUUGAUGAAUUUGUGUCACUUAAAUUAGAUACAUUCAUGCAUUUUUAGAUGCGUAUGCAUACAUAUAAGUUUGUGCGUAAUUAAUUGAUACUAUUGUGCCACCAGUGUCGUAUGCAACUAUACAUAUAAACAAAUCGUAAGAUGCCUUCGAUUGUGAGUGUCGCAAACUGAUUAACGAGAAGCAUUAAUGGAAAAGAAGACCUGCGAUUGUUGCCCAAUCAUCAGGAAGAAGAAAUGAAAAAUAAAAACGUCUUAAAACAACUAGAAAAAGACAUCUGAAAAUGUUUAAAGCCAAUAUCAAUGAUCACUCACUGAUAUCUGUAAUACAGGAAUUCGCCAUAUAAUUUCAAUAAUAUUGACGCCCAGCAUCUCGGACAACCAAGAAGAAAAGUCAACAAUUGUUGUAAUUUAAUUAACAGUAUAUUGCAUUGCCACACAAAAAAUGUCAGUUAUAGAGAGGAAACAAUUUCUCCUGUGGACAAUUAUCAUGACUUUUGUGCUGCUCUCUGUGGCAGGUCUAGAAGCCGUUUCUGGCUUGCAAGGCGCUCCAACAUGGAUCUGUCUGGGUUUAAGGUCGCCGUUUAUUGAGUUUGGUCCACAUGAAGAGAUGCUGGCAAAUACGAGCAUACCACUUAAUAUCACCAAAGAUGAACAGGCCUACAUGCACCAGGAGGGUUUGCGCAAGUUGGGUACGUUCAUAAAGCCUGUGGAUCUGCGUGAUUCGGAGACAGGCUAUGUUAAGGCCGAUCUUACCAAAAGACUGGAAACGCCAAGCGCUCAGGCUCGGCGCAUACAUCCCAUUCAGGAGGAAAUGGAUCAGAAGCAGAUAAUUCUGCUCGAUGAGGAUACCGAUGAAAAUGGUCUUCCAGCCAGUCUAACCGAUGAGGAUCGCAAGUUUAUUGUGCCCAUGGCACUGAAGAAUGCAUCGCCCGAGCGCUGGUCCGUCUCGAGCAGAACGCCCGUUUCUGCUAGCACAAUGCCAACACGUUCUGCUAUGGCUAUGGCAUCGCGCCGUCGAAGCACAACAACGCAAACGAGCACAACAACAACACCUGAUCCGACAUCGAAUAUUGACGAUCUUAAGAAACACAUACUGUUUCUGCACAACAUGACAAAGAGUGACAACAACUUUGAGUCUAAGUUUGUGAAGUUCCCUAGCCUACAGAAGGAAAAGACCAAGCAGUCAACGGGAUCGGUUCCGAGUGCUAAGCGGCCCCAAAGACCAAUACUGCAAUAUGCUGCUCCAAUAGCUCCGCCCACACGCAAAGUACCUCAGGGAGCUCACACACCGGGACAGAAGCCAUUUGGUGGCUAUUAUCACAAUGAAGAGGAGACAAACAGUUUCUUUCAGACGAUUGGCGGUGAUGUUGGCACAAUGGAUCGUAGUAAGGAACGUGGCAGUUUCGAUACAGUUCCCCAAGUGCAUCUGCUGAGUGAGGAGCAGACGACAACAGCAAAAAGCACACCUACAACUACCACGCCCACUGUGUUAGACACAACAUCGAAGCGAACUACGAAGCGUCCCGUUUGCUUGCGAAAUCCAGACUCUCCCAAGUGCGUGCGCCAACGUCAGCGUGAGGAGCAGCAGAGACAGCGUGAGCGCGACGAAUGGUUUCGCGGUCAGGCGGAAUUUAUGCGGCCACGCUUUGAGCCUAUCGUACAAACGAUAAAUAACACUAAACGUUUCGCAGUGUCCAUUGAAAUACCCGAUUCAUUUAAAGUUCAUUCUGCCUCGUCUCAAACAGACGAUGCUCCAGAACUUCAAAUUCUAUCGCGUGUCACACGCUCACAGCACAAACGGCGCUACGCCAGUGGCACCCAAGCAGAUCAAGCACCAGUCUCAAUUGAGAAACCUGCGCCUGCUGCCAAUUACUUUGCUCAUGACAUUAUAAUGACAUCUGCAGGUGUUACCAACGAUCGCGAGUUUAUGCUCGCUAAUAUGCAUCAGUUCGGCAUGAUGGUGCCUAAAGAUCAAGAUAAUGAAACAACGCCAGCCCCAAUGGCAUAUUCAGAAACUAUAGACUUAAAUCCUGAUAACUGUUACACAGUUGAUGGCCUUACAUAUGGACAGAAGAAGCUGUGUGCCUUGCACACGAGCGUUAUGCCGGCGAUAAGUCGAGGAGCGCGGGCAGCUAUACAGGAAUGCCAAUUUCAAUUCAAAAAUCGACGUUGGAAUUGCAGCACCACAGACGAUGUCUCCGUGUUUGGACCCAUGUCUGGUUUAGGAUCACCAGAAAUGGCCUUCAUACAUGCGCUAGCUGCAGCUACAGUGACCAGUUUUAUAGCUCGCGCCUGUCGCGAUGGUCAGUUGACUUCGUGCGGCUGUUCGCGUGGCUCACGACCCAAGCAGUUGCACGAUGACUGGACUUGGGGUGGCUGCGGUGACAAUCUCGAGUAUGCAUACAAAUUUGCAACAGAUUUUAUUGAUGUACGUGAGAAGGAAACACGGCGCGGCACUCGCGGUGCAGGCAGCCCCGAGCGUCGUGGCACGCAUCAAUCGCAACAAAAGCGCAAGCAAAUUGAAACGAAUGGUACAAAGGAUGCUGGGAAGUCCGAUUUAAAUGUGACGACUCCGAAAACUACUAAAAAAUUGCAUUUGGUGAAUGGAGCCGUCACAGAGAGCAAUUCAACGGCAUCUGUUCUGUAUGAGGUGCAGCCGAAGGCCAACAGUAAAAUGAAAGAUCAGCCUUUGGAUAAAAUACCAACAAUACGUCCACCAUCGUCGUCGUCGUCGCUUGCACCGCCCAAACAAGAGUAUGAAGCCGGAGAUGGAGAUGGGGCAGAGCCACGUAUAAACCCGGACGAUUUAUUGGAGCUUCAGGAACGAAUUACAAAAGAAAUUCUCAAUUCGAAAUUAAAGGAAACAGAAAUGCUUGAAUUACAGGAAAAAAUAAAUCGUGAAAUCCUAAACUCAAAGCUUUUCCUCGGGGAGUCCAAUAGCAAGAGGCGUAAGCGCAAGCGUAAAAAUCAACGGGCUGUCAGUGGAGAUGCACCUUUUCUCCCCAACAUUAACAAUAAGGCUCGAAGUCUAAUGAAUUUACACAACAAUGAAGCUGGCCGAAGGGCGGUGAUUAAAAAAACACGCAUAACUUGCAAAUGCCAUGGAGUCUCAGGCUCUUGCAGUUUGAUAACGUGUUGGCAGCAAUUAUCUUCCAUAAGAGAAAUUGGUGAUUAUUUGCGUGAAAAAUAUGAAGAGGCUACAGAAGUCAAGCUGAAUAAACGCGGACGUCUUCAGGUUAAAAACAGCGAAUUUAAGGUUCCCACUGCACAUGAUUUAAUUUAUUUAGAUGAAAGCCCCGACUGGUGUCGAACUAAUCGUCUCUUGCAAUGGUCAGGCACGCACGGCCGCGUCUGUAACAAAUCGUCAUCGGGACUUGAUGGUUGCGGUAUACUUUGCUGUGGCCGAGGGUACAACACCAAAAAUAUUAUUGUUCGUGAGCGCUGCAACUGCAAAUUCCACUGGUGCUGCCAGGUUAAAUGCGAUGUAUGUACAAAAGUACUCGAGGAGCACACUUGUAAAUAGGUUAUUCUAUAGGCAGCACAGAAAAUGUCCAUAUGAUCACGA